UGGUGAUCAUAAUUCGCGGUUAAUUGGAGAUAGUGGUUAUCCACAAGAGCCAUGGCUUAUGACUCCUAUUCAAGGUAUGCCUACUGAUACUCCUGAAGGUAGAUAUACCGCAGCUUUGACAAGAACCAGGAAUUGUGUGGAAAGAUGUGUAGGAGUUUUGAAAAAUAGGUUUCGUUGUCUACUGAAAGAGAGGGUCUUACAUUAUGCCCCCUUCAGAGCUGGUCAAAUUAUCAAUGCCACUAGUGUCCUACACAACAUGUGUGUUAGGGCUAAUUUGGAUAUGGAAGAUCAAGAAGAGGAGCAAGAUGAUAAUGAUGUUCCAGAGUCGGAUGCUAUUGUAAGCAAUGUUCUUGAACAAGGGCAGACAAGGAGAGUCAACAUAAUACAUUUGUAUUUUCAAAAUGUUAGAUAGAUAUUUCAAAUAAA